AUUUGUCUGCAUGUCAUAAGUAUCUCAUUAUCAAGACAUUCUCUUUAUUUAACCGGAUAAUUAACAAAAGGUGAAUAUUCUUUGGUACCUGAAUCUUCAAACGAACAUAACCUCCAAAUAGUGUUUGGUACUCUGAAAAAAUGGUGAAAAUUGCUCUGAAUGUCAAGGCAAACCUGGACAACAUCGAGGAACUGGAGCCUUCGGGUCCUGACUUCCGUUGGUGUCUGAAAUUUACCUGCUCAAAUUGUGGAGAACAUUCUGACAAGUGGAACUACAUCUCCCUGAACGACGAAAGCCCUGCUGACCAUGGACGUGACGUCGUACACUUCUCCUGCAAGUGUAAAUUGUGCUCUCGUGUCAAUACUGUGACAAUCCUGAAAGAUUCAGUGAAAUCGUACACCGAGGACGAUGUGGGGAAGUUCAAGAGAAUUGCUGUGUUCGAUUGUCGAGGAAUAGAGCCCUCGGAUUUUUCGGCGAGGGAGGGCUGGAUUGCUAGGGCAAUUAAUGGUGGAAAACAGUUCUAUGAUGUGGAUUUGAGUGAGGGAGAGUGGGCAGAUUAUUGUGAUAAAAUAGAACAGCCAGUUGGGAUUUACGAAAUCGAACAUAAUUUCGAGAGGAUUAAGUGAGGAUUAAUUGUGACUGCUUGGAAUAAAUAGUUGAAGGAGAGAGGUAUCAUAUAAAUGAUCAUUUUGUUAACAACGACAUAAUAUAAUUUAUUCAUAAUUAAUCAUAUACAAAAGAAACAUUUUUAUUUAAUUGGAUGAAUGGCACGAGUUUACAGAGAGAAUGAUGACACUGUUAUUAACAAUAAUCGAAAUUAUCUCUGCCAUUGAAUCUCAAUAACCAUUUUAAUUAUUAUUUUAUCUACCCUGCACAGUCCAUCGGAUGACUAGAGACAAAUCCGAGCAGGGGAACAUUUUGUAUCACUUUAAAAUCAUACGAAUCAGCUGGACACUUGGCUAAAUCAUGGUUAAUUGUCUGUGUUGUUAUCAUUUUGUCAAAUAUAUUUUAUUCGAGCUUCCAUUCAUAUCCUGGAAUGUAUCGAGUCAAUAAACAAAUCAACAAACGACCGUUGCUUUUUGUAACCAAAAAUACAAAUGAAUUAUAUUAGCUAAUAAUGAAAUUAUCAAAUGAAUUAUUUACAAUGCUCGACUAUUGAGAAUUUCAAUAAAGUCUGAUGAUUUAAUCAAAUAGAUAAAGCUUUUCUUGCAUUUAUUAAAAUUCACUAACUUAGAAUUAACUGACAAUCACAAGGUCUUAAGAAAAUAUCGAGUGAAGGUAGCCUACGAUGAAAAUUAACAACUAGAAGACUUUUCGUGAGUCUAUUACUCGUUAAAUGCUCCAUCUAACACUAGAUUUUUCACUAAACUUUUCAACUAGUGGCUAGUUACUAUCGUCUAAUGUUGAAUAUCCAAAGUGUGCGCAAUGUUCAAUGUUUUUGAUAAUUAUCACUUAGAAAAAUCAUAAAUCACAUAAAUUAUAACAAUUCUAUCGCCUACUUCAUCAAUCGUAAUACUAUUCAGUCUAUACGCAAAGAAUUGUUCAAAGAAUACU